UCCAUUUCCAUCACAUCCAAUUCGCCGAUCAUAACCCUAAUCUAGCUCCACCAUGGCCACCGCCGCAGCUACAUCCUCGUUCAUCGGAACACGGCUACCGGAAAUCCACUCCGGCUCCGGUAGAGUCCAAGCCCGAUUCGGAUUCGGACAGAAAAAAGCCGCACCGAAAAAGGCUGCGAAGAAGCAAAUUCCGGAUAGACCGUUGUGGUAUCCAGGAGCUAAGGCACCGGAGUAUCUAGACGGAAGCCUUGUAGGUGACUACGGAUUCGAUCCGUUCGGUUUGGGGAAACCGGCGGAGUAUUUGCAAUUUGAUUUGGAUUCGCUGGACCAGAAUUUGGCGAAGAAUUUAGCUGGUGACAUUAUUGGAACGAGAACUGAAGUUGCUGAUGUGAAAUCAACUCCGUUUCAGCCUUACAGUGAGGUUUUUGGACUACAGAGGUUCAGAGAAUGUGAAUUGAUCCACGGAAGAUGGGCUAUGUUGGCUACUCUUGGUGCACUCACUGUUGAGUGGCUCACUGGUAUUACAUGGCAAGAUGCCGGAAAGGUUGAGUUGGUUGAGGGAUCAUCCUACUUAGGGCAACCACUCCCGUUCUCCAUUACAACAUUGAUCUGGAUUGAGGUUCUUGUCAUUGGAUACAUCGAAUUUCAAAGGAACGCCGAGCUUGACCCAGAAAAAAGGCUUUACCCAGGUGGAUCAUUCUUCGAUCCAUUGGGCCUUGCUGCUGACCCGGAGAAAAAAGCCACCCUUCAACUCGCUGAGAUCAAGCAUGCCCGGCUCGCCAUGGUUGCGUUCUUGGGCUUUGCUGUCCAAGCUGCUGCUACUGGAAAAGGCCCACUUAACAACUGGGCUACCCACUUGAGUGACCCGCUUCACACUACCAUUUUCGACACCUUCGGAUUCUUCUCUUAAUUAAGCAACAUGCAUGAGGAUGGUUUUUACGUAUAUUAUAUUAAAUCUUCAUCUUGUAAAAAAUGUAACAUUAAUUUGACACUUCAAGGAGAAGCCUAUAUCAGACUUGUCGUUUUAUUUUAUCAUUCAAUAUCUUUACUUCAAA